GCAGCCUCAUCAGCCCAUCAUCUGACGUCUUUCCUGCUGCACAACUUUCUUCAACGCUUUCUGUGUUCACAUUAUGGAAUACCACCUGCCAUUCCAAAUCAACUAAUUUGAAUAUGACUCUCAUUUCUGACCAAUAUUGAAUACCAAUGAAUGAAAUAUUUUCCCUUCCGCUGCAUUUCUUUCUGCAUUCAAUAGUGACACUCGUAAGCUCUCACUGCUGAUGCAACAUGUCAAAUAGCGAUUAUUUCAAGAGGACGUUCCAUUCAAUCUUGACACCGAAGUUAGCCUUCAAUGUGAAGACAAACUUCUCCGCUCCCAUGUGACGAUCCAAACGGAGGUGUUGAGGUCAGGAGAGGUGGUUGACAAUAGGGAGCUCUCAUAUCUACAACAAUAGAGAUGUCACUUGGUAUAUGUGGCAGUUUUUGCAUGAUUGUUAGUGAAUGAAUGAUUGUACUGAAAAAAUAUACUGCAAAACAUACUUUAUGCAUAAGCCUACUGAGCCCCUAAGAGGAAAGGACCAAAGAAAAAAAAAUAAAAAUACAGAAGUUUUGCGAGAUCUCACAAUACUUUGACGAGCGUGACGUCGUAACUACUUUCGGAUCAAACAACCAUAGCGAUGGCGACUCAGCAUCUGUGGGAAAGUGUCAGUGACUUUUAUCUUGAAAAUGGACUAAAAUAUGAGGACAUACGAUCCGUGCUUCGUCGCAAGCAUGGUUUGAAAACAGUGUAAGGCAUCUGAAGAGACUUUUGCGUUAAAGGGGUCUCUCUCGGCGCAAAACAUACUCUGAGUUGGGAGAUCUGAUAGGAUUCAUGAGCAACCAGUUGCUAUCCUCUGGACAACUACAUGGUUACAGGUGGAUGUAUGCCAUAUGCCAGGAACAUUUUUUUAUUACAUUACAUUACAAGUGACGAAAGAGGACGUUCGACUGGUUUUGAAGGAGAUGGAUUCCAGGGGGGUUUUGUUAAGACAAGCGAGACGUUUAAGAAGAUGAAGAUCACAAAAAUAUAUUGUGAGAUCUCACAAAACUUUUUUUUGUUGUGGUUAUCAUGUCCCCUUAGGGGCUCUGUAUAAGCCUUGAAAAUAAUUACAAUUUGAUGCCUCGUGAGUGACUGCGUGAUGUGACAGUCUACGUACAGUACGGUACCGAAUGUAAGCUUGACUCAUGGUGCCAAAAGUUGGCACUGUUUAACAUGUUGGUCAGUGCAGUGCAUCUCUUCCUAUGGCAUCAGAAUGUCCCACCAGUGGGAAACAUUUGAUACAACUGAAAGCCUGAAUGCAAUGUUGACAGCUGGGUUGAUGAUCAGCAAUGUCAGAAUGAUCCGGGAAAUGAUAUCAGCUAAAAGCAAAGACACAAUAUGUGCGGAAACUAGUAACUUGGCGGAGGUUUGCGCUGGGUUAUGUUUUUAACCCCUUCUCUAUCAUUUCAUCCUGAGUUUCCAUGCAACAGAGUCACAGGCCUUUUCCACGAACUGGGGUUCCAAAACCUCUAACAUGCAACUGCCGUUAAGCACAUAUACAACUUCAGUGUGGUGAGCCACGUCAAACUAGUUGUGAACCCCCAGCACUACUUGAGAAGAGUCUGCUGUUUGAUCUCCCCGCUGGCUCUCUUGGUUCCAGACCCGGGCCCCGACCUGCGGUCACGCUACCGGCCCGUCCCCAUGGCUCUCUUUGGACCAGACCAUCAGCCUGUUGACUCCAGACCUGAUUCACUGACUUUUAAUUUAGAAUCAGGUAAGUUUGACAUCAGCUGCCAUAAUUGAACUCAUAUCAUUGCGAGGGUGAGUCUGUAGUCGGUGGAUCAUUAGCCGAGUUCAUUAACUCAUGAGGCCAAUCAGCCUCAGACCUGGAGACUGUGAGCUUCAAUUCCUCUGUGGGAUUAAUGAGAGGACACGGAGGAAAUAGAAGUUUUCUCAUCCUGUCUAAAUAUGCUAACAGCAGAACCUUCCCAGUCCACAGCGGAGUGAAGCUCCUCUGACCUCCUCCUCUGUGUCCUCCAAUUAAAAACAUCCAUUAAUGAGAUCUCUGACUCUUAAUUCACAGAAGUGGAGGUUUGACGUCCUCCACGGACAAGUUCAAUGAGAUCACUUCCCUGCCUCGACCUUUGUGACUCCUGGCCGACUAACACAUGCCCGGGCACGCUCCGGAGGCCUCUCCACUAAUGUCUGUCAGGGCGCGGGCCGCAGCCUUUGGCCUGACCAGUGGUCACCUUCAGCGUUCUCGCCCUCAUUACACCUCUCUAAGUGGCUCUUAGGUUUCCGUGUCACUCCUGAUGGAUCGCUGGGGGAUAUAAAAGAAAUUGCCAGCAUCAAGCAAGAACAUCAAACAGGUCAAGAUUCCAAGAGCUACUGAAUCAAGCGACUGAAGGACAUCUGAGAUGACUGGAGCAACCGUCUUCGUGGCUUUACUUUCCCUCUUGUCUCUAUGUUCUGCUUGCUACAUCUCCAACUGUCCCAUUGGUGGAAAGCGAUCCAUCAUGGACGCUCCUCUUCGCAAGUGUAUGUCCUGCGGUCCCGGUGAUCGGGGACGCUGUUUCGGCCCUAAUAUCUGCUGCGGGGAAGGGUUCGGCUGCCUCCUGGGCUCCUCUGAAUCCGCUCACUGCCUGGAAGAGAACUACCUGCUGACUCCCUGUCAGGCUGGGGGAAGACCGUGUGGAUCUGAAGGUGGACACUGCGCUGCCACAGGGCUCUGCUGCGACGCAGAAAGCUGCACCACCGACCAGUCCUGCCUGAGCGACGAGGAAGGGGACGAGCAGAACGGCCAACUGGACUCCGGCGACCCCGCUGACAUCAUCCUCAGGCUGCUGCGUCUUGCCGGCCACUCUUCUCAUCGAAUCCACCAAUGAGUCUCUCUGCUACGCCGAUGAAAACCUCUCAGCUCAUGUGUUAGUUUGUCAGAAAUAUAGUUCAUCUGUUUAUUUUUAUGUACCCCAAAGAGGGACCACGGAAAUCUAGCCAGCUGCAUGUUGAAAUAAAGA